AUGAUCCGGAUUGGGAACUUCCUUUUCUGGUGGACGGAUCGAUGGUCGGCAAUUAUCAUCUGCUCAAAUCUAUCGGCCGCGGCAACUUUUGCAACCGUAAAACUGGCCAAGCAUGAUAUUGCGAAAACGAAGGUCGCUGUCAAGAUGGUUGACAAAACCAAGAUCGAGCCAGAGAACCUCAUCAAAAUCGAGCGUGAAAUUGAGAUCCUGAAGCAACUCGAUCAUCCCUAUGUCGUCAAGCUCUAUGAGGUGAUGCGCACCGACCGAUUUAUUUACAUUGUAACCGAAUACUGCUCGGGCGGCGAAAUGUUUGAAAUUCUCGUGGAAAAAGGACGGAUCUGCGAAACAGAUGCAAGGAAAUGGUUCAAUCAAAUCGUCGCUGCCCUCACUUAUUGCCACGAAAACGGCGUAGUGCACCGAGAUUUGAAAGCCGAAAAUUUACUCGUCGACAAGAACAAUGAUAUCCGAAUUAUUGAUUUUGGUUUCUCCAACUUCCAGCCGCCAAAUCACAUGCUCAAAACUUCAUGCGGAUCGCCGCCUUAUGCUGCCCCUGAGCUUUUGCUAGCCAAUGAUUAUGAUGGAACAAAGGCUGACAUUUGGAGUCUUGGCGUCCUGCUGUAUAUAAUGGUUACGGGUGGCUUCCCAUUCCCCGGCGAUUCUAUUGACAAACUUAAACGCGCCAUACUCUCAGGGCCUUUCAAAAUUCCUUACUUCGUGUCGGUUGAAUGCUCGGAUUUGCUCAGAAAAAUGCUAGUCCUCAAUCCAGUGAAACGGUUCAGCAUUCAGCAAGUGGGACAACAUAGGUGGCUGAAUCCUCCGAAGACCGAAGAAAUGGCCAUGUCUGCGUCGAGCCUUGCUCUACAAAGUGAUCAAUUCUUGAGUGCCCGCCUUUCGGAAAAGCGAAAACUCAACCCAACUGUGCUCGUUUUUCUUCAACAACAUUCAAAAUGGUCGGAGGAGAGUAUUAUGGAGGACGUUGAAAAGCGUAACUAUGAUGCUCCGAUCUAUGCUGCGUACGAGCUACUCUGUGAAAAGCUGCGAGCAGCCUCGGAAGAUACCACGGUAGAUCAGCCGAGGAGAGGGAGCAGAGGCAGCAUUCUAUCAGGAAAAGCUAAUGUGGAUCCUGAACCUGCGGCACCAACUAUUUCGGCUCACCACUUGGCCCAGCUCAGCUUGUUGUCGAGUGCUGAAUAUGAAUCUGACGACUCAUCUGCUUCGGAAAUGUGUGAGGACUCGCCUUGUUCAUCGUCACGACGAAAAGAUAGCAAGCAUCGGAUCGAGGAGACAAUGCCUUAUCAAUCGAGGGAACAACGUCGGCAUACACUUUGCGCAACCGAACCGCUUUUGCCGCCGGAAUUGUUGCAACAGCUAGGCGGAGUCGAAGGCCUCCAUGCUGCCGCUGCUCUUCAAUUUCAACAAACUGGCUUGCAAAUGCUUCUUGGUGGCCAGGCCCCAGAGCUGAUGACUGCCUACGGUGGAUUGCUAAACGGAAUGUCGCCAAUUCCUCUUCACGAGAACCCAACCCUUCACAUCCCAUUCAUGGGCGAGCGACGUGCCAGCGCCUCCGAAGCUCUAUUUGGGGCUCAUCUGAAGGGGGCUGCCAAUAGUCUGCCAGCUGGCAGCGAAAGUCCUACGGCGUCUGGCAGCGGAACCAACAUGAAUAUCGAGGAAGAGGGCAAAAAGUAUCUGAGCCAACAAGGCUCGUCGAAAAGGAAUACGGUGCACGCGUUGACUGGGACACCGGCGUCAGCUUUGGGCAAAGAGAAGGAAAGGCAUUUGAGGAGUCCUUAUUCGAAAACACCGAAUGGCGAAAGAAGAAGCUCAUGGGCACCUAGUCCAGUAUCCACCACUCAGCAAAGCCAGCUCGAAAAGCUCUACAUGCAACACCUACAAAAGGGCGGCCGGCAUAUGUCAGCUGGCUCCGACCUGUUCCAAAUCAAACAACUUCAACGAGAGUUCCAAAAGCUUGGCAAGCUGGCUGCUGGCAGCGGUUGCUCACCAACAACAUCAUUGGCUAUGGAUACCUCGUCGAUGUCGCUCAAAAACACCCCUCGCAUCUCUAUCACCGAUGAAAAUAACAAGUUGCUGCCGCCGGGAUGUGCUUCCGCCAACUUCAACCCGAUCGCCCUGUUUGAGCAGAAGGCAAGCGAAGUUAUCUACGGAGAACAAGUACGCCCUGCAACCGUCAUUGGUUUCGCGCCGAAUCCGAAUAUUCAUAGCGGUGCCUCCACGCCGGAACAUCCCGGUUUCCGCCCGGAAAGCCGGGGAACGGUGCUGGUUUGUGCUGCUGAGCCGAUAGAAGUUGUUCACGAAGCGAAGACUUUCUUUGAUGCUAAGCAGUUACAACACGAGGAGGUCCCCGAUGAGGAGCGAGGUGGCUGUUGGAUAAACAGUCAUUUCAUCCGUUUGUACAUACGCCCCAUGGACGACCGUGCUCACGUGGAAUUGAUGUUAAUGCAGGAAUACGCUGAGCCGAUCGCCGAAGAACUUGCGAAUAUCCUUCGCGCCAUGGAUUGCCUU